AUGAAACUUGCAAGGGGGGUGUUCCUCCUAUUGCGCAUGUACAUGAUAACGUACCUACAUGAGUGCAUCCUCUGCUACAAACACAAGAGAGACUACCACAUAAAAUUAAGUCAAGCAUCCUCUAGGAGAAAAGAACCUGUGGCCUAUGUUAGAUGUUCAGUGGGGCGCAGUCCCAUCCAAUUUUUUAGUAAAAACUGCUUUCGCUCAAAUAGAAUACAAAAAAAAAGAAUAGGUCAAUUGACUAGCCUUUGCGGAGGUGAUGUUCCUACACCAGUAGUUUUACCUCAGUUGAGUGAUAAGACCAGGAGAGGAAUCUCCUAUGGGAACAAAAAAAAAAAUAUUUCUCGCUAUUCCAGGGGGAAUAGUCGUAGCUCUGUCCUUUAUAAUGCCAGACCAAAUGGGGAAGAACAGAAGGAACACCCUAGUGAGAAUUAUCACACUGUAGAUGUACCCCUACUAGAUCAAUUAGGCAAAGGCGACCUACUGGACCUUGCGCUACUGGGCGACUUCUCCUUUUUUUAUGGAACUGCGAAUAGCCAAAAUUCCUACUCGACCUAUGAUCAGAUUGUCUACAACAUUGAACAUGGCGCAGAGGAAUUUGUUCCUUGUAACCUCCCCCCCAGGGGAGAUACUCAGCUAGAGGGAUGUGGAAGGAGAACCAUUAUCAAUAAGAAUUAUACGCGCAUCAGAGGAAGAGUAGAACAGAAAGUGAAGCAAUCGAAGAGGAUUUUUCUUCGACUGAGACAAGAGGGGGGAAUUUACCUCAUCUGCGUGUAUGAAAAAAAAGGAGGAAACACCCAAGGGGAGGAUCAUCUCUAUAAGUAUAUAAAAAAGAUACGGAACGAAAGUGUAGUCGACAUUAUUGGACAUGUGAAGGUACAUGGAGAUUUGAUCAGAUGUAAGGUUCCCUUUGUGGAAAGCAUACUCAAUGAGAAGUGCAUAGAGAUCGUCGUGAGGAGCAUCCACUGUAUCUCAGAAGCGUUUGACGAUGUCCCUGUCACGGUGAACGAGGGCAGAGCGUUCUGGGCGGCGCGUGCAGGUGUCAACAUUGGUCGUGGUGAUGAUGAUGGUGGUGAUGAGCUGCAUUGGGGUGAUAAGUCGGAUGGUGGUGAUGAGCCGCAUUGGGGUGAUAAGUCGAAUGGUGGUGAUGAGCCACAUUGGGGUGAUAAGUCGAAUGGUGGUGCGCGCCGGCCCGGAAAGAUAAACACCAGCGAAAUCAUCCUGAAGAUGCAACACCCCAGUCUCCACCACAGGCACCCCGUUAACCACAUCAUAUUUCAAAUGAAGAACCGAAUUGCACAACAGUUGAGGCAGAUGCUUCGUCGGGAUGGAUACACAGAGGUGUUCACAUCGAAAAUGAUCGAUCUUGGAAGGGGAGGCGCCCUUGGUUCAGCUUCCACUGGUGGAGAAUAUACUACAGAUGAUGCUGAUUCCGCCUCGCGCACCAUUUCCGAUUCCAUGGAUCGCUGUGGCUCUUUCCAACUGAACGGGUCAGAAGGAGGUUCCGGGUGCUACAAAAUCGAGGGGGAAGAAGUAAUACUAGCCCAGAGCCCCCAGUUCUACAAACAAAUGUUAAUCAACUCCGAUUUUGAGCGAAUCUUUGAGAUGAACUAUUCUUACAGGAAUGAAAAGUUCAACACAUCGAGGCAUCUGAACGAGUUCCUUUCGCUAGAUAUAGAGAAAGUCAUCUACCAUAAUUAUUACGAAAUAAUUAUCCCCAUGUAUAAUAUGUUGAAUCGGAUAAAUAAAUAUAUUCAAGAGACAUUUGAAGAAGAGUUAAGUUUGAUUAGCUCCUAUUUUGGAUGUGAAAAUUUUGAGCCCAGCGAAAAUCCAGAUGCUCCUUUUGUGCUCUCCUUUUGCGAGGCAAGAGAUAUAAUAGACAGAUAUUCCACAAGGUUCUUGAAGAAUACUUCUGAUUAUUCUCCAUUUGACAUACAGGAAGGAGAAAGGAAGAAGUUACACGCUCCAUGUAACAUUCCCAAGGGUGGUGUACAAAUUCUCACCAAUGAGGAAAAGGAACAAUUAAGGAGUAGGCUAUCAUUUGUGGCCCCCUCUGGUGACAUGCUACACAACGUGUACUUUAAUCGGAAGGUGGAGAGCAUGUACCGGGUGCAUCAGGGAAGUGUCCACACAGGUAGGAAGCCAUCCUCAGGGGAAGAGAACCAACAAAAUGAGAAUGUCUACGCCUUCUUAAACAGAUUCGACCGAGACGAUCUUUACAAGAGGUUACUCCUCUUUCUUAACCGCCUAUAUGAUGGAAGUACCACGGGAAAUGCACCAAUUACCAUAGACAACAUAGCAUCUGCUAGACCAGCAGAUGUACAGGUGAAAUGUAAAUACUCCAUGUUGAAUCUGCUACGCAAGAACCCACAGGAAGAGGAAGGAGACAAAGUGUAUGUAACCGAAUCCGCUCAAAACAACGCGUUAAAGGAAAAAUACCUGAACUCUCCCGAUUUCACCAAUGAAGAACUUCAAUUCCUAUAUUACUUUCUAAAAAAAAACUUCAACGUCGAUUUGUUCAUAAUAGAUCAAUACCCAUUCCAUCUGAGACCAUACUACACAACACACAACGUGUACGACAUGAGGUUCACCAACAGCUUCGACUUCUUCUACAAGGGAGUCGAAAUUAUUUCCGGUAGUCAGAGAAUUAACCACUUACCUAUUCUUCUGUUUAAGGUUUUGAACUCUUGUGGAUCGGUAGAAAAUGGACACAGAAAAUUACCCUAUCCAUUAUUCAUCAUAGAAAAGAACAAUUUUUCCGUUUCGGAUUACCUCAAGAAGUGUGAAGAAGUAAUAGACAGGGAUUCCACUUUAUGUAAAUACAUUAAUUCCUUUCGCUUUGGUUCGAAACCUCAUGGGGGGUUGGCGCUCGGCUUCGAACGCUACCUGCUCUCUGCGCUCAACCUAGGGAAUGUGAAGCGCGCUAUUUUUUUGUGA